AUGAAUAAUCAUAGUACUUAAAUUGAGAUAUUACCAAAAUUGAUUACUAAUCAGCAAAAACUGCUAGAUCCCAAUCACAUAAGAAAUACAUAAUAGCGUCAUUCUUAGUAUCUAAAUUAGUAUAAUCUUUAUAGGAAUGAAUCAAAGAUCUUGCCUCAUUUAGAAAGGAGAUCUGUGAUUUAGGGUAACUCCAAGUAAAUGGCAGUUUAAAGUAUAAAUCGAAUAUCUAAAUAAAGGAUUUAUGUAUAGUUUCGAUUACAAUACGAGAAACUUUGGAACAUCUUGCGAUAGAGGUUUCUAGGGAUUAUCUAGUUAUCACCUAUCAUAAAAAUUUGGACAUAUAGGCACUAGAUUAUAGCCAGUUGAGAAAAACAUUGUUGCUGAUUUGACUGAUGGAGAAGAUGUGGAAGAAGUAAAAAAAGAUGAAAGGUUGUUUUAUAAGAAAAUAUAUAAAUUUAAUUAAAUGCCUGUGUUAGCAUUGAUCAAAUCAUUUGAAAUAGAUUGGAUCAAGGAGAAAGAUGACCAGGUUAAUAGAAAAUUAUCGAAGAGUCUAAUUUUAAAUUUUUAUACAACUUUACAAAUUCUAAAUACUCAUCAAGAUUACAUCGGAUUUUUUAUCAAAAAUUUAUAACUUUUAGAAUUGAAUACUGUAGCCUUGAAACAUAAAGGAUUACAUUAGUUAAAAACUAAAGUUAGUAAAUUUUCAAACGAAGAAUUUCAAGUACCUUUUUCAAUUGUAUCAAAUCAAACUGGAUAAGGAUAUUUUAAAAUUCAUCAUCCAAAACUGGAAAUUUAUUUUUAAGAUUAUCAAUAUGUUUAAAUUAUAUCAUUGUCCCCAUAGAAGUUAUAUGAAUUGGUUAAUAAUAAUUUCUUUUAAGUUGCUGAAAUAGUUUCAGAGAUAAAUGUUGAUUUUACAUUACUUAAAAAUAAAUUAUUCUAAUAAAUAGAAAACUAAGUUAAAGUAGAAUAAAAAAUUGAAUAGAAAGUGCAAAUUUAAUAGUAAAAUUCUUAAUAAAUCUCAAUACCAUAAAAAAUAGAAUCCUAAUAAAGAGUAUUAGUCACCAAACCAACAAUCCCAGAUUUAGCAAUAAUAAUAAAUGAAAGUAAGGAUAUCUAUAAAUAUAGAAAAAAGUGAAUUUCCUCAAAAGAUUUUGAGUAAGAGAAUGAUUAAAUGUGUUGCUUAAAAGGAUCCAAAAACUUAUUAUUGUGUAGAUUUUUUACCAAUCUAAUUUCUAAUUAAAGAAAAAGUGUCAUAAAAAACUGUUAAAUUGUAUUCUCCAAGCUUUCAGGAAUUUAAUGAAUUUCUAACCUAAUUAGGAUCAAAAAAUGUGAAAUAAGUUGUAGAUGAAUAUUUAAUUACUACAUUUGAUCUUUAACCAGAGGAUUUUGAUUACAAAGAAUUUAAGAAAGGAACAUAGAUUAGUAUUAAUUUUCCAACAUUCUCAGAAUAAAAUCUAGAAAUAACUGAAGAACAUCUUAAUAAUGGAUUACUCUCUAUCUUCAUGAAAUAAAUUGAGAUAAAUAACAAAGAUUUAUAAAUUAUCAUGGAGUAAUGAAAUUUUACAAAUAUUUAGACCUUGUUCCUUUGGAAUUUAUAAUCAAUUAACUUGUACGACUGAGAGAAGAACUUGCACAUCCAAAGAAAUAACUAAUAUAUUGUAGAAAAAAUACUAAGUAAAAUUUUAACUUAUAUGA